AUGGCCUCUCGCGGUGGCCCCUUCCAGACUUUUAACCUGUCGGAUCAAGAGCGGCAGCACUGCCACGACCGCGCGUUCCAACUACUCGAUCGCACACUGCGCAGCUAUGACGAGCGAGACGGCCAAGCGGAAAACGGCCGGUCUUCCGCUCCGCGCCACCAUUCCAACCUGGACAACACGCGCUGGAAGCUACUCAAAACCCAGGCGGAUGCUUCGAUGUACACGGAGCGCAACUCAUGCACGCUUCAAGACUAUAAUCUCCUCGGUGGCGACUGGGAAAACCCCGUCGUGCUCCUCAUGGCGGGGACCAUACGGGGCGACCUCGACGAGAUCAUGCUCGGCAUCGAAACCCCCGACACGAGCAGCUUCAGGACGCGAACUGAGCUGUUCACAAAGCAGCCCGUGGACUGCGCCGUCUUGGCUGAAUUAAUGGGCCCAACCGAAGCCGAUCCGUUCCGGUUCCUUGGCGUCACGUGGAUGGUGUACGAGUACAACUGGCCAGUCAAGGCGAUAGUCAAGCCUCGAGAUUUUGUGACGCUGACAGCAACUGGCACGAUGACUCGCGCAAAUGGCGACCGCGUCGGAUACGAAGUGGUGCAGCCCGCAAGACUAGCGCAGUGUCCCCCGUUGCCCGGCACGGUUAUCCGCGGCAAAGUCAUGUACGCCACGAUAUUCAAGCAGCAGGAACCUGGUGUUGUGGACGUCUUCAUCCACACGUACGUUGAAACGCAGGGACGCAUUAUAGACAAGCUGAUCGUGUCGGUCACGUGGAAGUCAAAUUUGGGGUAUUGGGGUGCCGACAAACUCACCGAAAUGAAGAAGCUGCAGUGGUGCAUAGCCAACUGCCGGUCCGAGCGUCAGAAGGAGCAGCAGCGAGCAUCGUCGUCAGCUCUGGGUGUCUGCAAGCAAUGUUACGAUAGACGUAGUUUGAUGAAGAGACGCAGCAGUGGAGAUCGGGACGAGAAUGAGUCAUGCAUUUUGUGUGCGUCGCCGACGUGCUACAAGUGCCGCAUGGAGAAAACGCUCACAGUGAUUGACGAGAUCACAGGAAGGUUGACGGACCUACCGGUCGUGGUGUGCCAGCCGUGCUUGAUGUUUGUGCAGAAACUUUCCCCCUCGGACAUCGCGAGACUGAACCACAAACAGCGGCGACGACGGCAGCACCGCGCGUCGAACUUCGAAUAA